UGCACACACACACACAUAUAUAUAUAUAUAUAUUAGAUGGAUGGAUAGAUAGACAUAGAUAGAAAUAGGGCAGCUGGCUAGAUGGAUAGAUAAACAGACAUACAUACUUACAGAGAAGAGGAAGCACUAAAAACAAAAAGAAAGCAAGAAAAAAAAUGAAGUUGCUCAAAUUAAAAUGUCAAAAAAUGAAUAAUUCCUAAAACUAAAGUAUCUUGCUUUGUCCUGGAUGUUAGCAAACAAGCAUCUACAGUAGAACUUGAAAAGGAACGUUUUACUCUACUUGUUGUCUCCUCCUCUUUACUUCAGAUACAGCAUGGUACUUCCAUUCUUACCGAAGUGUCUCAGUGACAGAUGUUUUUUUAGCUACACUCAGGACAGCUGCCAUCUGCUAGCAAAGAGUUAAACUGUGGAAUUUACAGCACACUGAUUUUGCCUGUCUUGCUGUCUGCUCAUAGAAUAAGAUCUCCUGCCUGAGGAGUAGAAGGACCAGAACGAUUUCUUCUUUUGUGAUCUACAAUUCAGUAAAUGUACACAAUGAGAAGCACAUUAUCUUUGCUUUACUCACUGUGUUUUUUAGCUCCACCAAUUCAGGGAGCUCGAGCAGAAUUGAACUUAUACCCUCAAGAUGAAAUCAGACUACUCUCUGAAGGUCUUCUCCAGAUUGGGUCAGGAUUAAAAAGGGAAUUCAACCAUACAAAGCAUCAAAUCAAAAGCAUUUUCCAGCAACUUCAUAACUUCAAUACAUCACUGGCAAAACUGUCUGGGCAAGUAAAUCAAGCAACUAAACUUGGAGAACAACUGGACCAAAAAACAAGAAACUUUGAAGAAAAUGCUAAGAUGUAUGAGAUGCUUGCAGAGAUUUCAGACGAACUAGCUAAGCUGAAGGAAGAAGAAGCUUCACUGGACAACAAGAUCAAGCCUUUAGAAAACAAGAUCCAAAUUGCUCUGGAUAAAAGGAAUGAAAGGGAAUCUCUUCUCAAUGCAUCAGAUAUUAUGGCAUCAAUUGAAAGGCAAAACAUGCAAAUUCUUUCCCUGCAAGCAAUAGUGGACAGUCACCAAGACAAAAUCAAUUCCCAAGAAGAUAAAAUUCAAAGAUUACAAAAGAAGGCCCAUUCAAGAAAAACGAAGUCCAAAAAGAGACGCAAUCUAGGUGCUCGGGAGAACAGUCAAAUCUGAGUGCCAUAUAUCUCAGAUGGAAUUACCUGCUACACUCAGACUGGAAGAACGCAUAGAACUUCAAUGACACGAAGUGGGAGCACUGCCCAUCUUUGUCACACUACUAGAGACUUUUUAGCUUUAUGAAGAACUAAGCUAUAAUUUAUUUCUCUGGAACUUCCUGCAAUGAAUUUACAAAGCUGGACAACUCCAGUGCUUUAUUCUAACUAGAUAACCCAUCGGUGUUCUCUUCUCUGCAUGCUUUAUUUCUCCUCAGUAGUUGAAUUCAUUAGACCAUGAAUGGUGACUCUUUUCUAAUUGGAGAAAAGUGCAUUCCGAUCAUCUGUGUAAUGAUACAUUGGUUCAACGCUGGUACGCCUGGUAGCUUCAAGGUUGGUAAAGAGAAUGGUGACAACUUUGGAUCGAUAAAAUGGGUUGCGGCUAAGCUUGUUGCACAUAAUUUUGUAAUUAGAGUAGAAUAUCUUCUGACAUCUACAUGCCUUUUUUCAAAGUUACUGAUCAUGGUCGCUUGACUACAUGGGGCAUUAACAAAAUUAGGUACUGAUGCAGCUUUUCAGGCAGCUCAAAUGUAUAAAGUAAACCUUAUAAAUGUUGCAAAAUGCCAGAAAGAAGUCUGCUGACCAUGUAAAGUUUCAUUUCUUAAGUAUUUAUUGGCCACAAGCAGUAUGGCUGCACUACAUAAUCAUAUCUACUGAAACAUGUAUGGAGAUGGACUCCUGUAUGACCACAAUCCAGGAAGGUUACUUGAUGUUGAAUUGAUCACAAAACGGAAGGAUCUCCCUGCAGCACAUACUCAUGAUAGGUCUCCAAUGCAUAGUCUUGGAAGUGGACAAUAUUCUACUAGUUUAAAACAGAAUAAGAGAGUUGUUGAGGCAACAGACUAAAGGAUUAUUGGGGGAGAGGGAGCAGUACCUGGUGUUUAGUCAACUGAAAGGGCAACCAUGCAUGGACUCCUGGAGUUCCAAAGGGGGCCCAGAACACAGUACUCAGGCUCUGUGAUGUCCAUAUGCCCUAAUAAUCACAUAGAUGGGGAUUUGUCCAGAAGGGUCAACCCCAUUAAAAACCAUACUGGGAUAAUAUUAUCUCAGUAUCAAUCGGGUCCCAGUUGCUGGAUCCUCAGUUACUGGUAAAUCUCUUUUAAAAAGCCCCUGUUCCCUCCAUGACAAAAACAACGUACAAUUUACUUUGGUUCCCAAACCUCCAAGACACAGAAAUAAAAAAAAUAAAAAACA